GUCCCGCCCCGCCCGCCGCCACCCGCCCGGCCGCGCUGGCCCUCGUCACCCUCCUGAGCUUCGCCUCCCGCUUCCACCGCCUGCGGGAGCCGCCGCACGUCUGUUGGGAUGAAACUCAUUUUGGAAAGAUGGGAAGUUACUACAUUAAUCGGACCUUCUUCUUUGAUGUCCAUCCCCCUUUGGGGAAGAUGCUGAUUGGACUUGCUGGCUACCUUAGUGGAUAUGAUGGUACAUUUCCUUUCCAAAAGCCAGGGGAUCGAUAUGAGCAGCACAACUAUAUAGGGAUGAGAGGGUUCUGUGCAUUCCUUGGCUCCUGCCUGGUUCCCUUGGCCUACCUCACAGUGUUGGAGCUGUCAAAAUCACUGCCAGCAGCCUUACUCACAGGUUUCAUCCUUAUUUUUGAUACAGGCUGUAUUACCUUGUCCCAGUAUAUUCUGCUGGAUCCCAUUCUGAUGUUCUUCCUCAUGGGAGCUGUUCUGAGUAUGGUGAAAUGUAACAGCUGUGCAGACAGGCCAUUUUCUGCCUCCUGGUGGUUCUGGCUGAGUCUGACCGGUGUGAACCUUGCUGGAGCAAUGGGGGUAAAAUUUGUUGGCCUUUUUGUAGUCCUCUUGGUUGGCCUGAACACAAUCUAUGACCUAUGGGACUUGCUGGGGAACCUCAGCCUGUCACUGGUCAUGUUUGGGAAACAUUUACUGGCUCGUGUACUCUGCCUCAUUGUGCUCCCGUUGGCCCUCUACACGGCAAUGUUUGCUGUUCAUUUUGCAGUGUUAAAUAAAAGUGGUCCUGGGGAUGGUUUCUUCAGUUCGGCAUUUCAGUCCCAGCUGAUUGGGAACAAUCUUCAUAAUGUCUCCAUUCCAGAGCAUUUGGCAUAUGGGUCUGUGGUCACAAUGAAGAACCUUCGGAUGGCAGGGGGAUACCUUCACUCCCACUGGCACCUCUACCCGGAGGGCGUUGGGGCUCGCCAGCAGCAGGUUACUGCCUACUUACAUAAAGAUUUGAAUAACCUGUGGAUUAUAAAGAAACAUGAUUCAGAUACAGCAGAUCUGUCUGAUCCCUCAAGCCCUGUGGAGUUUGUGAGGCAUGGAGAUAUUAUUCGUUUGGAACAUAAAGAAACUUCUAGAAAUCUGCACAGUCACCAGCAUGAGGCUCCCCUGACAAGGAAGCAUUUUCAGGUCACUGGCUAUGGAAUAAAUGGAACAGGAGACUCCAAUGACUUCUGGAGGAUUGAAGUGGUGGGCAGAAGGACUGGGAAGCUCAUCAAAGUGCUACGGAGUCAGGUCCGGCUAACCCAUGUGGCCACAGGGUGUAUAUUGGGCUCUUCUGGGAAGACUCUGCCAAAAUGGGGUUGGGAACAAGUGGAAGUCACCUGUACACCAUACCUGAAGGAGACUCCCAAUUCCCUCUGGAACUUUGAAGAUCAUAUUAACCCUAAAUUGCCCAAUAUCAGCCUGGAUGUUUUGAAGCCUUCUUUUGCAGAAAUUCUGCUAGAAUCCCACAUGGUUAUGAUCCGGGGAAACAGCGGCCUCAAACCAAAGGACAAUGAAGUUACAUCCAAACCUUGGCACUGGCCCAUCAACUACCAGGGACUGCGUUUUUCUGGUGUCAAUGAGACAGAUUAUCGGGUUUAUUUGCUCGGAAACCCGGUGAUUUGGUGGCUAAAUCUAGUCACCAUUGGGUUAUAUCUUCAGAUAACAGUUUGCACUGCAGUGGCACUGAAGAGAGGUGUGCAACUGACAUCUGAACUCAAAGAACUGUCCAGAGUUGUGCUUCAUGGUGGAGGGCAGAUUACCCUGGGCUGGCUCCUUCAUUACCUCCCUUUUUUUAUGAUGGGACGAGUUCUCUACUUCCACCACUACUUUCCUGCCAUGCUUUUUUCCAGCAUGUUGACAGGAAUCACCUGGGAUGCACUAUUGAAGUUCUGUGCUGGGUUCUUGUCACCCAGCACURCAGCUAGAAAAGUAUAUGGAGGUGGAUUCCUGACACUGGUUCUGCUCAUCCUGUACAGCUUCUACCUCUUCCAUCCACUGUCCUAUGGAAUGAUAGGACCCAUGGCCUCCGACCCCAGCAGCCCCAUGGCAGGGCUCCGGUGGAUGGACUCCUGGGAGUUCUAGAGCAAAGGAAACCUGGGAACAGUGGAUCAGAAGCACGAGAUCUGCUGCAUGUCAGGCUGAUUCUGGUGCUUUGAAGAUAUGUGACUGUAAAAUGCCCUCUCCGGAGAGCUCUGGGUAUAGUAACCCUGUUGCUUUGGCAUUUGUUUGCACUGCCUGCAUUGGAAGAUGCAGAGGAUGAGAAGAUCCCCUUAAAUUAAGACUCAUGUCCUGAAUCCAUAGGUUAUAUUAAUGGACUACUGGCUGACUAAAGGCCAAUUCUUUGAAACAGAAUGGGCAAGUCAAAGAGCAGGGGCAUUCCAGCAGCCAGACCAGUACAAGUUGGAGGCUGUUUGUGGUUGCAUGUACACUCUGUGUGAGUGUGUCUUCCUUCUUGUAAUCUAAGCACCACUUUAGUUUGAAGUGCUAUAGGACUUCUAUCAUGAAUAAUGACCUUUACUUUGGUGAAGUUUUUGAAAGCUUACUGUAAGUAUCUGGGGACCUUCAUUGUACCUGCCUUGGGUGUCUGAAGGUUUUUUUUGUUCUGACCCUGAAUUUUUAAAAUUUCACUAAUAGGGGUCUGUUUGAAAUCACCUGAGCCAUUGUGCCUUACCUGUCUCCCAGGUCCUCUGCAGAGGUGGAAAUUUUUUGUCCCURUAUAUUGCCUUGCUUUCUGGUCACYUUUAAUCAUUUGUAACACUCACCUAGCAGGCCUGUUUCCAGAGCCAGACUGUUCCAGCUCUUUGUACYGUCUUUCCAGUUCCAUCUGAAACUGCCGAAGAAAUUACAGUGGAAAUGGCAGGUGAAUUAUUUUCAGCCCCAGUAUGCUGUGGAGACCAGCAUGGGGGUGUAGUAGAGACUGAAAUGAUAGCUUGGAAAUCUUACAGACAGCUGUCACUCAGCUUUUGUUCCCAGCUAUUUCAGUGCCAGUGYCUGUGCUUUUAGGGGAAGGCUACGUCUCAAUGAAUGUGGCAUCUGCAAAACAGGCUGCUGGUGCCAAAAUAUCUGCUCAGUGUUUUCCUGUGCUGAACAAGUUCCUUCUCAUACACUGAUGAACAUCAAAUUACUGUAUUGAAGGAAAUGUGAGACCAGACAGAAAUUCUUUGUCUGUGAAGUGUCAAGAGCCAUUGGAUGUUGAAUUCACCCCUUCCACAAAGCGGAAUUAGAUUUAUCAGGUGCCUUCAUCCCGUGUUAGGCCASUUUUUCUAGAUUUUCCUUUUAUUCUAUUUCGUACUAUUCAUCUAGUUUCAAUUUCUUGUCACAGUUCAAGUUGCUACCUUGUAGCAUCCAACAUGAAUGACACUUAAAUCCUAGUUGUGUUCCCAUCGCAAGAAGUAUUAUUUGAAAAACUCUUGUGUAUGUUUCAAUGAACUCAUGAAUUUUAUUUCUGAGUUCUUGCUUUGCUUCACAGCCUUGCAUCAAAAUUACAGGUAGAGGGAGCGCAGCAGGUGGGUGUGUCUGCCUUUAAGCAUGGAUUGUACAUUUAUUUCUUUACCAGAUCUUGGAUUCUAAUGUAUUUCUUAACACAAAGAAGGGCUGCAUUAGCAUAGUUGUUCUGGGGGGGGGGGGGGAACUACACUCCAGUCAGGCUUGCUUUCAUUCCUUUUUGGUAAAGAACAUAACAUUGUUCAGUAAGGCAGCUGCUUGCUUUUGUAAGGCUCUUGCUUAGAUGUCACAUCUCUCCAGAAGAAGUCUCUCCUAUAGAUGUGACUCCUAUAGAUACUAACUCAGAUGGGAUGGACCCAUGCUUUUGAUUCUAAAGGUUUGAGUUAAUCAUCUGCUGCUUAUGUGUGGUGGGAAGUCAUUGUGUUAAUUAGCUGCUGGGUUUUAUGGUUCUUUUCCAUUUGUUAUUGCAGGAAGUGCUCCUACCUGCAUGAGCCAGAGGUUCACAGAGGUGAUAUACAGGCUAGAAGGAUGUGGGAGAAGGCUGCAAACUUCUUCAGAACCUGCCAGAUCUGACAGCAGCAGCAAAUUGUUAACUGUUGGCAAUGUGGAAGGCAGACAGUGCAGUGCUGCCUUGUAGAAAUGUGAUUCAGCACCUUCUGCUCUUGGUGAGAUUAUUGACAUAAUACAUUGCUAUCCUCAAUAUGAGCUUUCUCUAAGAUAGCCCCAUUGUUAUGGGGAGGAUUUGCCAGAAGAUCUGAUAAAAGCUGUGAUUUGAAGUGCAGAGUUUUGUCCAGCACAUACAAUUACACACUUCCCCUUAGCAUUAACAACAGAAAAAAAAUGAAGAAACUUGGGAAUAUUUCGGAAUUACAAUUUCUAAUACUAUUUUUUUUAUYGGAUUAAUGAGAAUACAAAAAUUGAAUAACCUUGGUUUCUUCUGUUACUAUGAAGGGGACAGUUUUGUAGGAGUUACCUGAGAAACAUGAACCAGUCUGUUCCUUGGCUGGAGUCCCUCCAACAUUUAUUAUUAAUGAUCUUUUGGAUGUGGAUUAGCAGCUGAGUGCUGAAGGUGGCAAAUGUCAUUCUCCCAUCCCACCUAACUAUAUACAAGUCCAGCUUGUUUCAAUACAGACAAAAGGUUUAUUUUUCUUUAGGACCAUGCCUUCCGAAAUUUUCUUGAUGACAUCUGAUUGAGAUUGGGACUAACCUAUUUUUUAGGUUGGGUGUGCUGGUAAGCGGAUGGAGGCAUGCAGUGAAAAAACCCUAGCUAGUCCACAAGAGGGAGCAAUUUCCAGCAGCAUUUUUAUUUUUGAUCUGGAGUUAAAAGGAUUGAAAGGUCUGCUUUGAAGACUAGAGGGCAGACAUUUCCUCUGCACCCUCUGGACUCCAAGGGUUGGAUUUUCAAGUAAGUGUAAGUUGAUGCAGCUCUCUCUUCUUUAAGGAGAAAAACACUGAAAAGUUAUUUUAGUUAAAAUUUUACCUUCAGYAUUCACUUCUUAAAGCAAAAUUCGUCACGCCAUGGCUGAAACAUAAUAGUAACUGAUAUUUUAUUAGACAGAUAAAAUACAAUAAUUUGGAUUUCCUUCCUGACUCUGUCUUGAAAUAUCUGAGUGGUACAGCCAUGAGGCAAUGGGCGCAAAGCACUCUUCGCUGUCAGGAUGGAAUUUGGGCUGCUUUGGUUCAGUUUUUCAAGUUGUGCUUGUGGAAUGAGUUCAGGUUCAUUUUGUGAAUUGCUCAUUAGUCUUUUUUUCUGGUCAUGUGGAAAAUACUAACAGUGCUUUCUGAGGCCAGAAGGUGCUCUUCUCUGGAGCAGCUGCUCUCUUUGAACCUUGCUUGACAGGGCUCCUUUUAUCACUGACAGAAUAUUUCAYCUAACUGUAUCCAUGGAUUCAAAUCACAAAAAGCCGCAGGCUGCCAUGUUCCCUGCUUCAGAUUCUUUUUUGUGUGUAAACUCUAUUUUCAAAACUUCAGUCUCUGAAGGAUAGGCCUCUAGGCUCAUCUAGCUUUAUCCUAGGCAAUCCAUCCAUCUUAAAAGGUUUCUGUUAACAGUCGCUUCAGGACAUCGAUACACACACAUUUAUUCCAGCAGCAGGGACUGGCCUAUUUCCAGGAACUGGACUACUCAUGCUGUGAGACACAGAUGUGAGGAGGAUUUGAAUGGAAAUUUCUGUGCCAAGGUUGCCCUUGGUCCAGGUGAAGGACUUUGUGUCAUCAUUGUUUGCCAUCAUUGUUCGCAGCCCUGGGAGUGUGAAAGCCACCACUAUUCUCUAGUGUGUACAGAGUUUUCUUUUUGCAUCCUGAUUGGAAAGGCUGAUUGAUGCACAAAGGGCAUUGACAGGAUAUACUUUUUUAUCUUCCUCCUUCCUUCUGGUUCUUGAAGUAUGCCCAAAGUAUAGAACACAUCUUUGCCUCCUCUAGUUUUUGGGCUAUGCAUCCAUUUCAUACUGAAUAAGGGGUAGGACAAGCCGUCUUGUAGUAGCCUGAGUGGAUGAAUACCUGCCCCAUGUACUGAGAGAAAACAGAACCUUGUUGUGGAAAGGUAAACAAAUGAUGUGUUACUUGAUAGUUCCCUUCUGCCCCUCCUGAAUCCCUCUGAGAAUUGUUUUGAGAGCAAAACAACAGUUCACAUGGAAACACGAGGCAUUUACCUGAAMUUCUCUAUUGCCACACUUAGCAGCUUCCCUUCCAUGCUGUGCCUGAGUGACCCUCUGAGUUGGCACUCUGGGCACAAGCACUGUUUCCUCCUCUCAGGAUCCUGCUGGCGAUGUGACAACCUCCUUAGCAGUGCCAGCCUCUGCCAGCUGGGGAAUGUAGGUAAAAUGUUUUCCCCCCUUUACCGCAAGUAGCCCCACAUAUGGGCAAUGUGUCAUGACAGCAAAAAUGUGUGGACUGUGAAAACAACAUAAGGCUCUUCCCUGCUGGGAAAGGAAGGCUGAGGAUAAGAACACCACCUCCGUAACAUCCUUGCUUUGGGGUGGGGCUGUGGGCUGCGAGCAGGCAGGACUGAAAAUUCUCUUUCAAGUUCUAAGACCUUGGUUGUGUGGUUGCAAGUUGUUUCACUUUUUAAACUUUUUAUGCUCUUUACUUGAAUGUCAAGGGCUAUGGUUGUCACCAGUAAUACCUGUGGUGGUGACACGUUAGCAUAGAUACCACUCCUACUGAAUUUUUAAUCGWUCCUAAUACUAUACCAAAUGAGCUUAUUGUGUUUUGCAGGAGAUACUGUUUAGAGCCAUUCUUCAAGAACUUGCCCUGGCUAAGCAAGAGUUUGUAGCAACAGUGAGAAGGGUUUUUUUUAUAAUUCUGUCCUAUGGCCUGAACCUUUCUUACUAGCGCUGCCUGACUGUGUGUGUGUGUGUGCAUCUGUCUGUGAACUGAAUGUCUUCUAACUACGGUGCAAUUACUGUACCCCAUGAUGUGGAUGGGAGAAUGUUCCCUUGAGCUAUAAAUGUGUUUUGUACAGGUGAUAAUGGAAAAUGAGGUAGAAUUUGGAAUUUAAUUUUGUAAUAAAUACCUCUUCUUUGAAGCAUUCUCUUUGUGUCUAGAUCUUGGGGUGGGGUUUUUCUCCCUUUAUCUCUUCCUCAUAGACAUGCUUGAAGUAACAACAUGAACUUUAAACAGGCCCAUUGGAGAAUUUAAUCUAAGAUAGUGAUGAUGUACAUCAGCUUUUAGUGCACAAGUGUUGCUGGACUGCAAUUCUAGGAGAUCAGAUUAUACUGCAAUUCAAGCAAUGUGUUGGUAAGCACAACAGGAGGUGGAACUGGUACAUUUAGACAAGAAUAAAGUGCUGUUUGUUGAGGCAGGUUUAUUUCUCCCUGUUAAAGAUGUGUUAAAUUGUCAAUAUGUAUGAUGUGUCAGGGUUAAUGGGUAUUUUCAUCAAGYUUCUGAUAGGUUAUCUGUGAACACUUCAUUUGACAGAUCAAGCACUUUAUUAAGGAACCCAGCAUUUUUCUGUAAGUCAUUUUUAUAUUCAGUCCGUAGCAUCCAUAACACCAGACUGCUGCACAGUUUUGGACAAAUGAGACCCUCGCUGUGAACUUAAUGCAAGAAUCUAUAAUAAAACUGGAAUGCUGAAAAACAGCUUUAUACAAAAUUGUAGUAAGGGGCUGGUGUAUGCUUUUCAGUAUGGUGUAAUAAGGGGUUGCUUGGGCUGGAACUAGGUGRGAAAAACCAAAGUACAGCCACCUUAUCUGGGAUUGCUCAGACCAGUGCUGGACAAGGGCCAAUCAGUCUGUUUAGACAUGUUCCAAGGGCUGCUGAAGCACAGCCAGGACAGCUAGAAACUGGACUGUGGCCUGUAAAGGGUGAUACAAUGGGCUAUUAAGUGGUUACUGAAAAGCCUAUUGAAUUCUUGUAUUGCUUCACACAGUGCAASUUGGUCUUUGCAUAUUGUCUGAUCAGGGCUAUUGUUCUCGAAGGGAGGACUGCUGAUACAGAAGCUGCGCUAGCAUGUAGGGAGAUACCAAAAAUGAAGUAUUGUUUGGAAAAUGCUGAUAAUAUCUGAAAUAAAACUUUGCUUCUCACUGCCCUCUAAAGGAAGAAUGACUUCUUUCUGCAGGUAAGUGAUCUCACGUGGGUGAACACUGGUGACUGAUUCCAAUUUGCCUUAGAUUUGAACCUGCCAGAUUUGUGGGUUUAUAGAGUUCAGCCAUCACCCUGUUAUAUGUUCCUCAACAAGAAUGAGGCUUUUUUACAACCUGGUGUUUUAAUACAAAUUUCUUGCUUUGCCUUCAAGCUGCAUCUUAAUCAUUUAUUUUCUAACCAAAUAGAAACUUCUAAUGCAAGUUGCUUCCUGUGGCGCUUAAUAUUCCAUGACCCCCUUUUCAUUUUCUUUGAUUUACCUAUAUGGUAUCCCAAACUGUGCUGUGUCUCCCAACCUCAGUCUCCCCAGGUCCAUAUGCUGAAAUCCGUCUUCACUACACCUACCUGUGCUGCCUGGUUUACAUCCAGGGAUUGUGGCUGUACACUUUGGAGUUGUUUGUAAUACACCACCACUAACGCUGUAGCUCUGGCCCAUGUAAUGCAUGCUCUGGAAGUAGAAAGCUGUUGCUUUUUAGAAUGGGUAAGUCUGAUGAGCAUUAUAAUCGUUGCAAAUUGUUUUCCAUUUUCAUCCUUGCAGGCAUUGCUUUAUCUCUAUGUUGCAUCCAAAGCCAGUCAUCUUGCUGUCAUGCAGCUGACAAAAGGUAGUAUUCAGGCUUCAUUCACCUGACCUAUUUUUUUCACCWUGUAUUUCAGGGUGAGGUGGUUCUGAAGUACCUGAGUUUCUCCACUGGCCAGAAGGGGAAUCUAGAUUGCUUGCCCUUUUGAAAGCAUCUCUGUUGGAUUAGUCACACCCUGGCAAUACACCUGGACACACACCUGGACAAUAACUAUUACAUUACAAGGUGGAGAAUGAAAGCAGCUGGGAAAUGGGGAGAAUCAGUUGAGAAUGAGAAUAUGAGUAAGGUGGUACAUCUUGACUUGUAUCAGAAACAGUGUGGCCAGCAGGACCAAGGCAAUGAUUGUCCCCUACUCAGCACURGUGAAGCUGCUCCUCAAAUCCUGUGUUCAGUUUUGGKGUCCCUCACUUCAAGAAACACAUUGAGGUGCUGGAGCAUGUCCAGAGACGGGCAACAGARSUCAUGGAGGCUGUGGAGCACAAGUCUGGUGAGGAGCAGCUGAGGGAGUUGGGGUUGUUUAGCCUGGGAAAAAAACGAGGCUGAGCCUCGAGAGGCUCCCCUCUCGAGAGGGGAGACCUUASCUCUCUCUAAACUACCUGAACGGAGGCUGUAGCCAGGUGGGGGGAGGCCUCUUCUCUCACGUGACAGGAUAGGAGGAUAUGGCCUCACGAUUUGACAGGCCAGUUUAGAUUGAAUAUUAGGAAAGAUUUCUUCACUCAGAGGGUGGUCAGGCAUUGGAACAGCCUGCUCAGGAAAGUGAAGGAAUUACCAUACCUUAAAGUGUACAUAAAGCAUGUAGAUGCGACACUUGGGAACAUGGUUUAGUAGUGAAUCCAGCCAGUGCUGGGUUAGUGGUUGGACUCAAUGSUCUUGGAGGUCUUUCCCAACCUUAACAAUUCUUUGAUUCUAUGAUCUCUGUUUAAGAUCUAUGAACUGUGUGAGAACAGCGAAACCGAGCCAGUGCAGCUAAGAAAGUAAAUUUAAACAAUUUGAUAACUUCUAGGGAAAGUCCCACUGGAAACAAGUCUGAGGAGCAAUAUAUAAAUAAACAAGAGCUCAAGCACCAACUAUUCCAGUGCAAGGCAAGGCCAGGAAUAGCCAAAGAAGGCAAAGAUAAGUUGAGUAAAAAGUUAUUAAUUAACUUCAAAUACAAGAGAGAAGCAUCCAGAAAGUGAGAAUGCAAGCUACUAAGGGUUAUGAGGGAGUCAUGKUGGGGAAAAGCAAAAAAGCUGCUCCACUAAAUGAAGACAUAAAGAGGAGUAUCAMAGUUAAUGAAAAACUGUAAGGACAUAGGUAGCAGGAGAUGGAUCAAGAAUUAGAUCACUACUUGGCAGAGGUGGAAAGGCAUGAACUGAUGGAUCACUCUGAAAAGUUYUACACCUGUCUUCAAACACUUUUAGAAUAAACCCACUGCUGGGUUUUCCAUUAUGUUUCCCUAAGCUGKUUUUUAUCAGGCUAAUUAAUUUCUUCCUUACUGAAUCUUUCUGUUUGGUCUUUUUAAAUAUUGCCACAUUUCAUACUCCCAAGUCUUCUGAAGUAUCUUUGUUUUGACCAUUAUUUAAAAAAUAAAAUUAACAAUAUCUARGUUGGAAAUACCCUCAGGCAGCUCUUGUAGGACUCAAUCUAUGCCUGCUGGUUUUAAAUUUCUGUUGAUAGCAGUUGCUGUUUAACAUCCUGUUUAGUUACUAAUGAAUUGGAAAUGCUUUAUGUUGUGGCAUAAGUACACCAUUUUCUUCAAGAUGGAACCAAAAUAUUUGUUCAACACUUAGACCUUUUUGAUGCUGGAGUUUGCAGGUGCAAAAUUCCUCAUUGAACUGGAGAAUUGUUUUUGACAAAGCCCCAAAACUGGAAUGGCUUAGAGAGGUGAGGAGGAGAAGAUCUCAAGCCAGAAGUGUCCCACAGAUGGAAGGAGUAAUACGUGGCGUUUGCUUUGGGACCAGAUGGCUGAGUACAAAGCUGAAAUAUGAAAAUGCUGACACAGCCCUCAUAUGAAGGAAUGGGGCAGUAAAAUACAAAAUCAUURUUUUAAUAGGUCAUAUAAAAAAUGCCAUUCCUGCAGACAACUGCUGUGGGUCAAAUGUUUGUAAGAGAUAGCCUAAUCAAUAGUGUCAAUUUAAAUUGCAAGCAGGGAGAGAACAGAGUUGAGAUCAGAGAGAAGACAAUCAAUGACCACUUCAGARAACAGCAGUGCUUCUGAAACAACAUUUCCAGGGGGGAAACUGCAGAGGAGACUCCACAAUGAAUAAAGCAUCUUCUUACAAGCUUCCACCACGAUGUUUCAGCAGCUGAAGGCUGAUUCAGUCCAGAAGCAUAAGGACAAUUGGAGGAAGAUCCCAUGUGCACCAUCCCUAAAAGGACAGAAACCAGGUAGCUGUGUAACACAAUGCUUGCCAAGCUGCCAGGCAUGUUAGCCAGAGCACCAUGUUGAGCUAAUGAGGCUGCAGAGCUUUUUGCUUGGGGUGCACACACCUCUAUAGUUGUGUCUUGUGACCAAAUUCGGCUUGUGUGUCAAGAAGACUGACAUGGUUGAUAGACCAAACUCAGUUUGGUACAGUGAGUCACAAAAGGCAGAGAUUUCUUCUUAGAAGAUCAGCCAGGUGUUGUUGCAUUAUCAUUGUGCUGGAGAGCACAAUGUCAAUAACAUCUGGGCUAAGGCCUGAGCAUCUACAAAUCCCCGACUUGGUCCAACAGCUUGGUGUGAUCCCCUUUGAUUUUUGUCAUCCCUUCAUGCCCUGUCAUCUUUGGAUUGUUUUCACCUGUCUAUGCAAAAAUUCCCUAUCUGUCCACAGGAUAUUCAAGAUAAACCUGGAAAUGUCUAGCAGAUGGAAUUCAAAAGAAGUUUUCAUUCUAUUUUGCUGUUGAAUCCUCCCUCUGUUCCUUCUCCCUCUGCCUAUCCCUCUCCCCUUAGCCCAGAUCCCUGAGGWUGGUAAUGCUGCCCUGCUCUCUCCACAGUCAUGCGGACAGCAAGCAAUCUCUGCAUUUUAAUAAUUUUAUGGACAAGAUUAUUACCUCCUGCAUCGCUUUUGAUUCUUGUUAYGCAACCAUAUUUCGUGACUUGCUUUGCUACUCAGCUGUGCCGCACUGUGGCCUGAGGGGAUAUCUUGAGAAGACUGCUGGGGAUGCUGCAUGACCUGCUCCCACCUAAGGAUGGGGAUGGGAGUCUGGGAAAAACAACCUGUCAUAAUCUGUGGGUUUGAGACUGGGGACAAGAGGAAACAAAGGGGAUUMAGCAAAGCCCAGGAGUCUGUAUCCUAAGUGAGCAGAGAGCCUGAGGCAGUUAGAUCAGAGUGUCAUUAUUCAUGAAGACUCACAGAUGUAGAAUUGGAAAUGAGCAGGAGUUCAAAGGGGGUUGUGGGUUUGUUGGUGCAGCAGUGGGGAUGAAAACUGACUGCCACAGCAGCAUAUGYAAAGCAGCCAUCCCUGGCCAGGCAGAUGGGGCCAGGAAGGGCA